CCACAGCCCCGCAGACUGAGCCGACAGACGGCAAGAGGGAGGCAGCUUGUGUGCAGCAGUGACGUCACGCCCCGUAGCCCAGGGAGGGAGAGGGGGAGGGUGGCUGGCUGCCUGACACCGAGUCGGAAUAGCAAUGGCACCGGAGCAAGAACUGGACUGCCGGAGCUGCCAAGAUAAAACUGCAACAUAUUGAAAGAAACCACCGCCAGCAGAAGCAGACGACUCUUUGUUCUUGGAUCUGUGUGCAGAAAUAACUCAUGUUAACUGGAUCCUAGAAAGCCACCACACGGGAAGCUCUGUCGCCAUUAGAUCUUCAUUCUCCUCUCUCUAGGUCGUAACGUGGAUGCAAUUUUGAGACAUAAAACUGACCAAAUAGAAGCAAAUAAAGCCAUUAAGUGUACUCAGGCACUUUGUACAUUUUCUUGCACUUGUGGGUUGAUGAAAGAUUGGAUUGGAAAGCUCAGAUUCCUAUUAUUUUUUUUCCUUUUGCAGGCAUGACAUUCGUGCCAUUUUUGAGACCCUGUUUCUAGAUCUAUACAUAAAUAAUGUAGCAUAGAUGUGCUAUGGAAAUAAGUAACUUGUAUUUUGUCUUCAGAUGCAAUGUCGGUUUCUAGCGUAUAAAGUCUCGUCGUCUUACCAUUUGAGUUUUGGUAUCUGAAGGAACCGCAACUAUGGGGGAAGACGGAAGUCCCCCGUUAAAAAAACUGGCAAAGGAGAGUGACGUUAUUGUAGAUGUCCCAAAUGUUGCAAAUAAAGUGAUGGCUAUCAAGAUGGAGAUAGAUGACUUUAAGGAACCAACUACAGAGGAUAAUAAAGACGGCGUAACCAACUCUGCCAGUGUACCACUUGGUGGGUCAUCUAAACUGAAUCCUGGACUCAAACACACGCUGGCACAGUUCAAUCUAAGUAGCCGAAGUUCUCUAGGUGGACCCGCUGCCUUCUCUGCUCGAUUUUCCCAAGAAAACAUGUCGCCAACAGUGUUCUUGCCUCUUCCUUCCCCACAAAUUCAUCCUGGUCCACUCCUCAUUCCAUCAGACAGUUCCACAGAGCUCACCCAGACUGAAUUGGAAGGAGAAUCAAUUUCUUGCUUUAUGGUGGGAGGUGAGAAAAGACUCUGCCUGCCUCAAGUCUUAAACUCUGUUCUUCGAGACUUCUCACUCCAGCAAAUUAAUAUUGUUUGUGACGAAAUGUACAUAUACUGCUCACGUUGUACAUCAGACCAGCUUCACAUAUUAAAAGUUUUGGGAAUUCUUCCUUUCAAUGCCCCUUCUUGUGGUCUGAUCACUUUGACAGAUGCUCAGAGACUAUGCAAUGCUCUCUUGCGGCCACAUACCUAUCCACAAAAUGGCAGCUUGCUGCCUGCAAAAAACUCUUUGGCUCAGUUAAAGGAAACGGGUAGUGCCUUUGAAGUUGAACAUGAUUGUUUAGGAAAGUGCCAGGGUUUGUUUGCACCUCAACUUUAUACUCAGCCUGAUGCCCCCUGCAUUCAGUGCUUGGAGUGCUAUGGGAUGUUCUCCACACAGACUUUUGUCAUGCACUCUCACCGGUCGCCAGAUAAGAGGACUUGCCAUUGGGGCUUUGAUUCUUCCAAGUGGCAUUGUUAUCUUCACCUGAGCCCAAAGCUUCUGAGUACUCAAGAAGGCAAAAAGACAAAGGUUGUUUUAGAAGAGAUGAAAGAAAAGUUCACCAAGAAGAACCAACCCAAGAGAAUACAACCCAAGACUGAACAUAUACAGACAUUGGAGCUGCCUUCUUGGUACCCAGUUAUCAAGCAGGAAGAUGAUGGCACCAGCCGACCACAUUUGCUGCAUCCGAGUUACUAUCUCUACAUGUAUGACAAAGUGGUGGCACCGAAUGUGUCCCUUUCUGCUGGUGUAUCUCAAUGUAAGGACUCCAAACCCCUAAGAAGAGACACAGAGACAAAUAAGCAGUCAGUAGCGGAGUCUGAAAACCAGGCCCGGAGCACAAAACAUAAAUCUGCUACCUCAUACCCUGACCUCUCCAUGGAGGAGCAGGAGAGCGUAGAUCUGAAAACCGAUACACAGUCCAGUAAUAGACAACAAACCAGCUCCAAUGAUGGGGAGAAAGGCAAUCCAGUCUGUAAAAAGGAGGAGGUAUGCGAGGAUGACAAGGGCCACAUUAUGGAAGAAGUUGUCAAGACGUUCCUAAAACAACAAGAAAAGUUAAAUUACAUUUUACAGAAGAAGCACCAGAUCCAGAUGGAGGUUGAAAUGCUGAGCAGCUCGAAAGCUGUGAAAGAACUGACAAUGGAGCAGCAGAGUUUGCAGAAAGAGUUUGAAUGUUUGCAGACAGAGCACCUGCAGAAGAUGGAAGAGUUGUACGAUGAGCAAAGAGACCUGGAGGAGAAGCUCAAACAGGUUAAGAAGCAGAAAUGUUCCUGUGAUUCUAAUGCAGAGCGGGAUAAGGAAGCACAGUAUGCAAACCAGUUGACAGAACUGCGGCAGAGGCUGGAUCAGGCAGAAGCUGACCGGAGAGAACUGCAAGAUGAGCUGAGGAGAGAGCGGGAGGCCAGGGAAAAGCUGGAGUUGUUGAUAAAGGAGCUGAAGCUUCAGAUACUGAAGUCAGCUAAGAAUGGUAACGGGGACUAGAAGUUGAAGGUCCCUGACAAGUCAUUAUACUCAAAACAGGGUUUACAUGGUGGCUUGGACUGAAUUGUGAGUGGACCAAUGUGCUGCAUACAUGGGGAGGGACUGGUUCUGCUUAGAAGUUUGAAGAGCUGCACUGAGCAUGCCUGACAUGGAAUGACUUCACUUAACUAGUACUUUUCAGCUCGCCCAGCUAACUAAGGAAGUUUUCCUACUGGUUUUGAGCUCUGUAAUAUGCAGUAAAGUUAACAUCAAGCUGUGUCCUAGAAGGCCCUUCCUUGUUAGCAUUGCUAAUUGGCUUAUCAGACUCUAAAGAGCCCGUAUGUUGCCACGACUCAUUUUUGUGGAGAUUUAUGAUCUCCAUCGACUCCAGCAUUACAUCAUAACUGCACUUGGUCUCCAUAUGUGUGGCAACAACUGGACAUCGAUCUACUGUCUGCUAGAUUCACCAUACAAAAUGCUGCUACUUGUUUUAUCUUGGACUGUGUUACUGGGUGUCAUCAAUGUUCUCCAUUGAGUCUUUUCAUAACCUUCUAGCCCUAUGGCAGUACAUUAAUGGUAACCUAAGAAGUCAGUGCAUUUCACCAAAUUCUUCUAUGCAUUCGUCGAUCAUCUUCCAGCAUUCAUACUGUUGAACGUCUUGAGUCUUUGAUAAGCUACACCUUUUACCACCAGUAGACAGCACCAUAUUAUGACAAAGGCUGCACCCAGGCAAUAGACUAGAAUUUCGUAUUUAAACUUUUUCAACAGAAUUUUAUUUUUUCUGUGAAGAAUAUAAUUUCUACUUGGCAAGAAUUUCUCUCUUUCAGUUUCAGGAUUAGUAGAGUGUCUGUAGCCUACUAGCUGCUCUCAAUGCUUUUUUGUUUUUACACCCAAGAAGUGUAUAAGAAAUGUACCCGUAGUAUUUGCUGAUUAUUAAUGCUCCUCUGGAAUAAGCAAUAUUAUUUAUAACCCUUCUGUGUCACUUCCCUAGUGUCUGCUUUGUGCAUUUCAAAGAGUGCUCCACAUAAUAAGGUGGACAAUAAAAUCGAUUUAGGUGCAUAGCUCUAUACUGACUAUAGUUGGCCUUAUAUAUCUAUACCCGGUCAGAGAAAUCCAAGCCUGACAACAUAGCAUCCAUUCCGAGUCCAUGAUACCAGUGCAGUUGUAUCAAAACUAAACUGUGAUUGGAUGCUAGGGGCAACAAGACCAUUUUGUCCUAGACCAGUUUGAUAUAUGAGGCCUAGUUCCUGUCCAUUUUAUGUAGAAAAUAUUAUGAAAAGAUGAUUUUAUAGUUCAGGUCUGCUAUUGUGGUAAAAUUGCAGGAAGAGCAAGUCUGGAUUUCUUUGUGUAUUCCAUUUUUUCUAGAUGCCUUUUUCCAGGUUGAUCAGUUGGAGAUAACUCUCUUCAUGAAUGGCUUUUAAUUCUGACCACUAUGUGCUGUGGGUGUCUCAAACAUUUAUAUUGGUGCUUAAUCAAAGUGCCUGAAACUUUCUAAGUUGGCCAUUUACAACUCUAGUUGAAGGGGUUCUCCAAAGUUUUGUAAAAUUGACAGGGGGCAGCGCCACUGCACCUCUCCAACAACUAGUGGGCCUGCAGCUGUCACUUGCUGUUCACUGUCCCCAUGACCCAUGCAGGCAAUAACUAGCCUCAACCAUCAUGUGUCAUUCACACACUGAGGCCAGUGAUUGGCUGCAGCAGUUAUGGAAAUGAUGAACAUGAUGUCAUCCAAGUGGUGAAUACUAGCAGGACAUUUUAAAGGAAAGAUUUUAUUUUAAUUUUACACUACCCGUUGCUCCCUGACAGAAUCUUUGGGAACCCCUUAGUUAGCCAAGACAGAUUUUUUGGGCUGAAAGCCUAGGACAGAUUUAUCAAUGCUAAAGACACAGGUUUUUGGAGUUAUACACAAAUUUAUUUGAGCCCUGUGACUUUUUUUUUUUAAAGGUUGCUGCGUUCACCACAGUAUAUGUAUGACUUUUCUAAAACUGGCAGGAGAUCUCUAUCCAGCUCGCACCGGUGCUACAUUUGCUCGGCACCAGACAAGUUUGAAAACAUUCCAGGGCCCGCUGCUGCUACUGGUUGUGAUUUUUCAUAGUGUGUGGAUUCUCACACAUAAGGUGAGGGGCCAUUGUACCUCCACUUUUGUAAGACCGUUGGCAGUAAAUAUGCUGCAUAGCUGACACUAACCAGCCAUAUCCAUGCCAUUGUAAUACCCUGUACGAAAGACAAGAUUGUGUCCCAAGAUACCCGAUAACUCCUCUUCACUGUCCUAUGU